AUGAUUCACUCGACUUGGAGAGUUCAAGGCGAGGCCAAGCGCCAAUCGAUCCUCAACGCGAUCCCUGACAAAUGGCGACUCAAGGAGCCCGUCCCUACACUUACUGAACAGCGCGAUGUCACUGGAGCUUAUAUCCAACAGUUCCUCAGUGAACGCGAAGUUGAAAUCACAGAGUCCGAUGCUGUUGACAUCGUCGCUGAGACAACAGCAGGGCGCUGGUCGGCCGUCGAAGUGACCGAGGCCUUCUGCCAUCGCGCGGCACUUUCUCAUCAACUGGUCAGCUGUCUGCAUGAAAUAUUUUUCGACGCGGCAAUCGAAGAUGCAAAGAAACUCGAUGCCUAUUUUGCGGAGCACAACGCACCCGUCGGCCCAUUGCACGGCCUCCCAGUCAGUCUAAAAGACCAAUUUCACGUCAAAGGCGUGGAAACCACCAUGGGUUAUGUAGGCUGGAUCGGCACUUUCCAAGGCCAACGCGAAGAUCCACGCCGAGCAACAAAGGAAAGCGAGCUCGUGAGAGAGCUGCGCAACCUCGGCGCCGUACUGUACUGCAAGACCAGUGUCCCAACGACCCUGAUGGCCGGUGAAACCGUCAACAACAUCAUCGGCUACACUUGGAAUCCAAAGAACCGGCUCCUGUCCUGCGGCGGUAGUUCGGGUGGCGAGGGAGCGUUGCUUGCAUUGCGAGGAUCACCCGCUGGCUUUGGCACUGACAUCGGUGGCAGCGUGCGCAUCCCUGCCGGAUUCAACUUCCUGUAUGGAUUACGGCCUUCUUCGGGCAGAAUACCAUACGAGAGCGCUGCGAACUCCGCGGACGGGCAGAGUACUAUUUUGUCGGUUAUUGGACCACUUGCGCCGACUGCUCGAUCUUUGACUUUGCUGUUUAAGGCUGUUCUCACUCAAGAGCCGUGGCUUCAUGAUCCGCUCGCGCUUGAACUGCCGUGGCGGAAUGCUAUCGUUGAAGAGACACGGUCUUUGAUUGAACAGGCGAAAGGCGGUUCUUCGUCCCUUGCCUUUGGCCUUAUGCCUUACAAUGGCGUGGCUCGUAUCCAUCCGCCCAUUGCACAUGGGUUGAAACUUGUCGAGCAGACCCUGAAGCGGCUCGGGCAUAAAGUCAUACCUUGGAAUCCACCGUCUCACGAACGGGCUCACGAGAUAGCUGCCAAAACAUUCGAUAUGGACGGCGGCGCGGACUUCAGACACCACUUCAGUCUGUCCGGGGAAACCCAGGCGCCACAGGUCAUCGUCCAGGAAAACGGCACCCAGCUGACAGCUUCGGAGAUCGCCGCGCUCAAUGUCGCCAAGCGUGAGUACCAGAAAGAAUACAUGGACUAUUGGAACAGCACGGCACUUUCAACUGGCACUGGUCGUCCCGUGGACGGAUUCUUCUGUCCAUUGGCGCCACAUGCAGCCGUUAUACCAGAGCAGUAUAAGCAUGUAGGCUAUACGUCGUUUGUGAAUGUGCUGGAUUACAGCAGCGUAUCUAUUCCGGUAACCUUUGCCGACAAGACCGUUGAUGUUGAGAAAGACUCGGGUUUGUCUGAAGAGUAUAUUGACUGGGACUAUUUCGUGGCUAAUCCGGAUAUAGAUGAUGCUGAUACCUAUCAUGGAGCGCCUGUUGGUGUUCAACUGGUGGGGAGAAGAUUGCAGGAGGAAAAGAUGCUGACACUUGCGGAGUAUAUUGGGGAGGAGAUCGUCCGCGAUGUCGGUCGACCUUAG